UGUGAAUAUUGUUUUCUUUUGCAAGGUUCCUGGACUGAAAAGAAGGCCAAUCGUCCUCUUCCAAAAGUGAUUGAGUUUGUUGAACCAGGGAAGCAGUUAAAAAAGAAGAAAAGUUUACCACCAGGGAAAAGAAAACAGAUAGAAAUUAAAAGCAAGUCAACAAGGGAAGACCUUGAUGAGUUUGAAUUUAAGUCUAUUGCAAGGGAAGUUAGAGAAUUUGGUGUGACAGGUCUCAGUAGAAAAGACAGAAAGAAAUAUGAAGACUGGAAAGCUCAGUCACUUGGUGGAAAAGCACCAAAAGGUCAGAAAAUGCCAUAUCCAAUGUUGAUGCGCCAGAUAAAGAGGAGAAAGGAGAGAGAGCAAGAACAAAGGGAAAGGGAACAUGCUAUGGGUAUUUUCAAAAAGAAACCAGAUAAAAAGUCAAGUGCCUCUACAAGGGCUCCAAUGGGUUGGUGGGUGGAUAAUUCUUCCAAAGGCCUGCAGGCUUCAGUUGGAAAGUUCAAAGCUGGUGUCCAACGCCUGUCUAAAGCUGAUCUGCAUAAAAUUACAUCCAAGAAGAAGAGAUAACAGUGGUGGAGUUAAAUUCGCUUGCACUAGAUAGUCUAGUAGGGCAAUGUGGAUUAAAUAUUCCAUGUUUGCAAGGUAUAGAUUGUCAGAGGACUACAAGACAGCUUCAAAACCCUGGUUGAUAAGCAAGUUCUUCACAAUUUCGUCAGAAUCAUGGAAAUGUGAAACCACAAUUUCAUGAAUAACACUGUCUAGGACAAUAAUCUGCAGUAUGUAGUCAUCAUUGUUGACUGUAAUUAGUUAUGGACUUGUGGUAAUAGACUCAGGAUUGUCCCAGAUUUAGACUGGUUGGAUUAAGCUGAGAAAAUGUAGGGUUCACUUCAGAAAGCUGAUUACUGAAAUGAGAAUAUACACAUUUUUCAAGUAGGGAAAGGUGAUACUAGUUAUUAGGGAGUCAAAGAUGUCACAGCAGCAAUGAUGGGAAAUUGCAGACUAAAAAAAUUACUUUCAUUUCUCCUAGGAAUUUUGUGAGUAGCACAAUAUUUCUAUAUUCCUUAGCAGAGCCAGAUCUCCCCCUUAGCAUCACAUGUCAGCAUCACCCAAGUAUAAAGUUAAAUCAAAUGUAAUUUGCAGUCAGUGUUUUUUCAUGCGAUGUAUAGAGAACGUAGAGGUUUUUAAACACUUGUAGGUUUUCCUUUCACAUUCUUUGUCUUUCAACUCUUAUUUCUCAGAGGUUCAAGAUAAAGAUCUUUAGUUCCAUCUCUGGUAAAUUUGAGUUGAAAAUGGUUCAUGAACAAUGUACUAUUAUAUGAGUGUUUUUCAUUCUAUAUUGUAAUCAAACUUACUUUAAAAUAAAUGCACAGAUUUGCAAUUUUUCCCUCUUACUAAUAGUGAUUUUAUUGUAAUUUUUUUAAACUAGAUAUAUGUACUUGAAAUAAUUAUAUAUUUAUGAGUAGACUUUAACCAAAUUACCUACAAGGGGUUUUUCACAGAACCAUGAAUUACACUGAUGCUAAUUUCUGAGGGUGCUCUGGUGAAGCAUUUUGCAGUGUAAAAUAGAAUUUAAAAAAGGCACACGAUGUUAGUAAAAUGAAUUUCUCACUA